GUCGCCCAAUACCAGCUUCCUGCUUGGCAAGUGCCGGAACCUAAACAUGCAUGACAUAAAUCCCAAGUUUCCUUCUAGAGUUCCGUCCCAUUUAACUUGAGCUGGUCCCGAACUCAAAGCUUCACGCAUUUUGACGAUUAUUCUUCCAUACUUGUUUUGUUUCCCAUCGUGAUACCCCGUCUUGCUUUAUCAGGCAGACACAUCAAUUGGUCUCUUAGCAACAACCAUACAACACAUCAAAGUGAUCCCAUUCCCAAAAAGAAUAUAACAUCAUCAACAUCCAUAAUUGGAUCCUAAUAAUACAACCCACCAAAUAGCAACCAUGGCGUCGGUCAACAAGCCAGUCGACGUCAAGCAGAAGGAUGCCGACAUUGCUCGGAAGCUGCAGGUCUAUGGUAUCAUUUCAGCUUUCCAGGCAGGAAAGAUUCCAUCCAACGACCAAAUAGAUAUCGCCCUCAACAGCUUCUUGCAGACCAAGGCUCUCUCCAAGCCUUCGGACAAGCUUUCGCCUGAAGGUCAAGCCUUGGUGGCCGACUUCCGUGACGUUGUGAAGAAGGCUCAGCACCUGGUGCUGUCCAAGAACGAGGGCAACCUUCUCCAGGAUUUCAUCUGGCAAACCACUCACUUCGACCCCAAGUCUGUUCAGUCGCCUCAGGCGCCCGUGGACAAGGAUACCGCCAGAGCUCACGGUAACCGCGCCGCUGAAGGCCUGAGGACUCUAGGAACCUUGAUUAUCACCAACGGACAAUUCCGCAAACUUUUGAAGGAUGCUUCCAUUCUCCUCAGGGACAUGGCAGGAGAUGCUGCGACGAAAGCAGCCUCCAACGUCAAGCCUUCCCAGGAUGAUCUUUCGCAAAUUGAUCGUCCAGCAGACGACAAUGUCUGGCAUGAUGCUCCCAACUUGAGCAAGGAUAACAUUAGGAAGCAGGUGCAGGGAGUUUACAAGAACAACAAGGCUAACGGCCAAACCCCGGCAACAACUGAGCCUGGCCAAAUCGCUCCCGGCCAAACCUCUCCCCUCCAGUCAAGUGCUGUGCAGCCCACAACUGCUGGAGUCAACGGUCAGGAGCCCCCGCCAGAGGUUCAGCUUACCGCCGAGGCCCAGCAGGCUGCCAAGCAGAAGGGCGUGGAAUAUCGCGCCCGCACCAAGCGCUACCUUGAGCAAAAGGUGCCCAAGGACAGGAGGGAGGCGACAGUCUGGCGCCUCAAGAAGAUGCUAAUUGAGUGCCAGCAGCACCCUGAAUACCAGGCGGCCAUCCACACUCUGCUUGACUUGGCUUCUGAGUAUGGCUACCACGCCAAGGCCCUUGGUAUGGACAGCUCGGAUGCCGCCAGGGACGCCCGGGCUUCCAACCUCGGCCAAGCUGAGAGGGACCUCAAGACGCUGAUUGAGCGUUUCGCCAACGGUACAUCGACCGAUGACCUAUGGAACGCCAUUGGCCAGAUCUACCGUGAUGCUGACCAAGAUCCCGAGCUGCGAAACUGGCUCAAGCGCUGCAACCGCUACAUCCGCCGGUGCCUCGAGGAGCAAGGCUACGUCAUCGACGAGUCGAGCACCGAGGAGUGGGAUCAGCUGUACGACGAGGGCUCUUACCUCCUUCGUGACAAGUACAAGCUCCAUGUCGACAGAAUCCUGGACGAGGUCAAGUUCUUGUUCUCUGAGUUUGACAAGGACCCGCUGAACAGGUCUUUCCGCGAGGCCAUUAUGAAGCUCUUCACCGAUUUGGGUAACGACGAGAACGGCAAGCCAGUCUUCAAGAAGCACCUGGUUAAGGAUCUCACUGAGGUUAUCAUUCCAGCCACCUUGGAGAACAUUGCCUAUGUUCCCAUCCCUCGAAUUGAGUACCAGGACCCCCAAAUCGACUUUGUCGUUGAGAAUCUGGUUCUCGAGAGCGACAAUUUCACCCCCAACGUUAUGGAGAUUGAUUCUUCCAACUACAUGCGCUGGGGCCGCAAAACCGUCAAGUCCUCCCGCAAGCACUCGGGCGAGAUUAAGGUUGCCGGAGUGCAGAUGGACCUCCGCGAUGUUUCUUACUACGUGAAGCGUAAGAAGGGAUUCCCUUCGCUCACAGACGUUGGUCUCAUGGAUAUCUUCAUGGGAGGCAACGGUUUCUCAUUCAAGCUCAAGCUUUCCACGCCGGAUAAGAAGGAUGCCCAGAAUUUCUUCAAGGUUGACAAGGUUGACGUCGAGGUUAGCAACCUCAGCAUCAAGAUUCACCAGUCCAACCACAAGUUCUUGUUCAGCAUUGCGAAGCCCAUCAUGUUGAAGGUGAUGCGCCCGGCCAUCGAAAAGGCGCUCGGCAAGGUGAUCAAGGAUCGCUUCAACGAGUUUGAUCAGAUUCUCUUCCAACUCAAGCAGGAGGCAGACAAAGCCCUCGAGGAGGCUCAGUCCGACCCUGAGAAUGUGCCAAACAUCUACUCUCGUUACGCCAGCGCCGUCCAGCGCCGUGCCUUGGCGACCAAGAAGAAGACCGAGGAGGCCGUCGCUGACAAGAAGGUCAACUAUGCUGUUACGACCGAGGAUUCAAUCUUCCCCGAUAUCAAGCUCCCUGGACCUGCCAAUGGGUCUGCUCUCAGCACGCGCGCAGCCGAGUUCAAAGAAUUGGCUACCAAGGGUUCAGCUUGGGAGUCUCCAGUCUUUUCUGUCGGCGAGGCAUCCAAGAGCACCGAUGUUCCUGCUGCUCCACAAAUCACCCGCAAGGUGCACAACACGGGCAAUGGCAAUGGCGUUGGUGCAGGCCCGGGUAUGGUUGGCUCGGGUCCUGACAUGGUCGGCUCUGGUCCUGGUAUGGUUGGCGGACAACCCCAGAUUACUAACGGUGGCAUGGCGCUGCACGCAUAAAAUGAGAAAGAUUCUGGAUGGUUAUCGUGGCUUAUUCGUAAUACAUGUACUCUCCUUUGUAUAAGUACCUUAAUGAACGCGUCGACACGCCCGUUGUAAUUAACGCAAGUUACGUUUUACGGUAGCAGAGUUUGAAAGAGAAGAGAAUGGCAUGUCAAUAAAAUCU